AUGGCCCGAGAGUUGCAGGCCGAGUUAAGCCCUAUGGCCGAGUGGGCACAAAGUGGGAGCAAGGCUUCGGUCGAUGCUUUGAUGAACAGCUGGUGCACCCGGCUGGAGAGCCUUGGCUCUCUGUCGUUAGGGCAAGCCAUGCAGAUGAAGCAGACGAUCCAGGAUCUGAGCUUCGAGAGCACCCUGUCAGAACGGUUGCUUGAAAAAGUUGAAGCCAAAGUUCUGGCAACGGCCACGGCUGCAACACCGCCGCCAGAUACUACAUAUACGCCUCACAAGCGAAAGGAGGAAAGCAAGCCGCAGACCUUGCUGAAGCCGGAAAACUUCAUCACGGUCACUGAGUGGUCUAUGCUGGAAAAGUCGCCAGCACCGGCAAGGCUGGAAAUCCUUCUGAAAAGGUAUCUGCAGCUGGGCCUGAGGAACCUCACAGAACAGACGGUCAAGAAAGGCCUGGCCUUCCUCUUGGCACUGGCAGCCGGCGAGCUCAGUCAGAUGCCGACAUAUGAAGAGAUCUACGAAGAGGUCCAGGUCUUCAAGAGAUCUUGGGAAUCCGUGAAAACGGAUGCAGAGCCGACUGAGGUCGGCCUGCUCACGUAUCCCGAUGACCCCAGCAGCUUGCCGAAGGCUCUGUUCGACCGAGCCUACAAGGCUGAGGACCCGCCCAUGGGCAAAGACGUGAGGGCUGGGAUCUGGCUAGCUCACAUUCCGAUGCGAUCUACUUCCAAGCUCUUGCAGAAGAACAAGAAGCAGAGGCUGCCGAGGCCAGAUGGCCAGGCCGCCGUGUCUGAGCAGCAUGCGAACGAGUUCCAGAGCCGCAUGGAGCAGUGCUUCGGGCGACUGGAAAGAAUGCUGGACCAGACCUGCGGUCAGAAUGCCAUCCAGGAUGGUGGGCGAAGGGAGCUGCAGCUUGCUGCAGGCGCAAGCGAGCUGAGCAGCAGCAGUGCCGGGGUCGGCUUUGCUCUGGGCAACCCAGCCCAGCCGGUUUCGGCUGCGACACAGCAGACCUCGCCAGGGCGACAGUCGGCCUUGCAGCUAGCCCUGCCUCCAGCCGAAGAACCCGAAGCAACGGAGUCGCUCCCUGCCGAGAACGAUCUCGAGGACGAAGCUUUGUUCAAGAAGCUCAAAGAUCGCAAAGCUGGGAUUCUGAAGAAGCCGGCCGCUGCAGCUGCAGCGAGUGGCCAAGGAAACUUGGCAAAGAACAAGACAAAAACGAAUGGCCAAGGCCAAGAUCCAAAGAAGAAGGGCAGCGGCAAAGGCAAAGGAAAGUCCAAGGACAAGAGUGCUUCGAAGAAAGGCCAAGGCAAAGCAAAGGAGCAGCAAGCCCAAGGCUCGCAUGGAAAGCGGAAGUUCCAAAUUGUCUGGGAGGACGGCUGCAUCCAGAAGAACUAUGCUUCUCGCAUGUACAAGCGAGCCGGAACGUGGGCAAAGCAGCAAGGCUUCUCGGAGCAGCAAGUGGUAGAGUGCCAGCGAGAGGCCCACAGAGAGGCCAUUCUGCUGUGGAAGAAGAAGAACGGCUGCUAA